UGUGAUUGGUCUGUCGGCCGGAAGCAGCUGUUGAGCGCGGCGGGGUUCAGCGCGGAGCUGCAGGAGCGGCGCUUGUUUGAGAGUAAUAUAUCAGAGUAAUGGCUGCUAACGAGUCCGAAGCUGCCUUUAAGAAGGAUAUGAUGGGCAAACUGUUGACGAUGUUCUUCAAGGAUGAAAAAACGAAAGCUGGUAACGAUGCUGUUAUCCUCAUGGCUGAGCUGCUGAACGUUUUUGUUGUUGAAGCAGCUCGGAGAGCAAUGAAACAGGCUGAGAAUGAGGACUGUCGUCGUGUGGAUUUGGAGCAUGUUGAGAAAAUAUUACCUCAGUUGAUGCCCGGCUGGCCGACCUGCCUGGAUGUGUCCAUUUGUGGUUCCAGUUUUCCGGAAUAAGCCCUGUGACUCUACUCAGCUGAAUUAUUACACAACCUUCCAAAUUCCUGCUUUUUUCUCUUUCAUUUCUGUUUUCUCUAUCUCUUCUACAUGUAUGGAGAUGCCCUGUUCCUGAUGUUCCCAGCCUGGCUCUCCACUGCCCGCUGUGUUGCAUACUGAUCACACCUACUCACACUCAGAACCUGUUUCUACAUUAGCCAUAGUUCUUCAUUAUCCAUUAUGUGAUCAACACCUUGUCACAUUAAGAAAUGAGUACCUGAUUCUACAUCAGUUAAAGCUCCACAUUAUCUCUCUGCACUGUUGUUUUGUUCUGUUAUUUGCAGAGGUGGAAAGUAAUAAAUUACAUUUACUCAA